AGAAAGAGGGAUGUAUCUCACUGCCCCCCUCCUCAGUUGUCUCAGGCUGGGAAGCUAGCGGACACAGGCCUGCCCACCAUCCAGAACUCUGUCAACGUGGCUGACUUCUCCUGGGACCCCUUCAACAGUCACAGGCUGGUGGUGGCGGGCGACGAUGCUAAGCUCCGUGUGUGGCAGGUGCCUGAGGGGGGUCUGACAGAGACCCUGACUGAGCCAGAGACCAUCCUGCAGGGCCACACUGAGAAGAUCUACUCAGUCAAGUUCCACCCCCUGGCGUCGGGCCUGCUGGCAUCCUCCUCCUACGACCAGACGGUGCGCCUGUGGAACCUGGAGUCUGGGGACGAGGUCAAAGCGCUCCGGGGACACCAGGAUCAGAUAUUUGGGAUGGCGUGGAGUCCGGAUGGUAAACUCCUGGCCACGGUGUGUAAGGAUGGGAAACUGCGCAUCUACGACCCUCGCAAGUCUGCUGACCCAGUACAGGAGGGUGCAGGUCCUGAGGGCCACAGAGGGGCUCGUGUGGUGUGGGUGUGUGACGGCAAAUACCUGAUGGUGUCAGGAUUCGACAGUCGCAGUGAGAGAACCCUGUACCUGCACUCCGUUGAGUCCCUGUCCUCCGGGGCCAUCGCCAGCGCCCCCACCGACGUCUCACCCUCCACCCUCAUUCCCUUCUACGACCCCGACACCAGCGUCGUCAUCCUCACCGGAAAGGGUGACACGCGAGUGUACAUCUUUGAGAUAGUGCCAGAAGCUCCCUAUUUCCUGGAAUGUGCCAGCUUCAACUCCUCAGAGCCCCACAAGGGCUUGGCCUUCCUGCCGAAGACUGAGUGUGUGGUGCAAGAGGUCGAGGUGGCCAGGGGUCUGCGGCUCAGUAAGACCUCCAUAGAGCCAGUGGCCUUCAGAGUCCCCCGCGUCAGAAAAGAGUUCUUUCAGGAUGAUGUGUACCCAGACACAGCAGUGUGGUGGGAGUCUUCUCUGACAGCCUCAGCCUGGCUGGCUGGUUCUGAUGGGAAGCACCACUCCAUCAGCCUCAAGCCCAAAGACAUGACCCCAGUGAGUGAGGCCCCCAAGGAGGUCCAAGUGAGAAAGUACCUUCCAUCCUCUCACUACCUGGAGGAGAAGACUGACACAGAAGAAAGAUGA